CUUACAAUGCAUUUCUUUGCUCUUGGGGAAUCUUCAUGAGCAAGACUUGAAUCCCUCUUAUACUACAUGCUUCAGAACAGUAACUAGUUCCAUUGCCUAUGAGAGGUUGCUUCUGUGUUCAUUGCCAUGAAAUGUUAUUGAAGACAAAGACAGAGACAUUGCAGGGAAGGUACAUCCAUGAGCCAAGAAGAUGAGGCAUCUUCUCAAAAGCCCUGAGAAUGGAGAAUGUUAUGCUUCCCAAACACUGAAUUAAGAGGUAAAAAAAAAAAAUUGAAAGAGAAUUUGAACCCAUCUCAGAAGAACAGUCUGGAGAACUUUCAGCAAAGGAAUGAACUAAUGGCAAAUAGGACCACAAUAAAGGAAUUCACACUGUUGGGGCUGAAUGCCAACCCUCCACUUGAACUUAGUCUUUUUCUCCUCCUGCUUGGGACUUAUCUUUUGACAUUAAUAGGAAACACACUGAUUGUUAUUAUAACACUUGUGAAUGUUCAACUCUGUAGCCCAAUGUAUUUCUUCCUCCGACAUUUGGCAUGGGUAGAUACUGUGUAUAUGAGUACUAUAAUUCCCAAAGCACUGGUCAACAUAGCUACUGAUACUAAGAGCAUCUCUUUAGCUGGUUGUUUCAUACAGGUAUUUCUUUAUUUGGUCCUUGGCACCACUGCGUUCUUCCUACUGGCCACAAUGUCUGUUGAUCGCUACAUAGCCAUCUGCAACCCUCUUCACUACACAACCAUCAUGAAUCCCCGAAUCUGCUCAUUAUUAGUAUUUUCUUGUUUGGUUGGGGGGUUAUCACUAAUUCUAGUUAUAUCCAUUCCUUUAUUUCUUAUGCCAUUUUGUGGUCCUAAUGUCAUGAAUCAUUUUUUUUGUGACUAUGGACCCCUAAUGAAACUGGUAUGUGUUGACACCAGCUUCCUAGAAAUGACUUAUUUUGUAGUUGCCAUAUUCAGUCUGCUUGGGACCUUAAGUGUCAACAUUGUCUCUUAUGUCAAAAUCAUUUCCACCAUUCUGCAUAUUCCAUCAGCUACUGGGAGGAAGAAGACCUUCUCCACUGUUGCUUCUCACAUGACCAUGGUCACUAUCACUUACAGCAGUUGUAUUUUCAUGUAUGUCAAGCCAAAAGGCACCAUUGGAUUAGACUACAACAAAAUAGUGGCUCUUCUGAAUACUGUUAUCACUCCCUUUAUCACGCCAAUCGUGUAUUCUUUGAGGAACAGACAACUGCAGGAUGCUUUGAAGGCUGAACUGAGACAAAGGAUUGGUUUUGUAAAAAAAAUGAGAUGAUUGGCUAUUGCUAGGGCUCCGAAAAAGAUGUUCAGAUUUAAUGUCUUUGAAUGGAUUGUGCUGCCUUCAGAUGUAAUAAUUACCCAUUGAGAUGGUCUUA